AUGCGUGUUCUCGUUGCCGCUACCGUCCUCGCCUGCAUCAUGUCGCAGAGAACCACAGCUCCCGUGAUUACGACUUUGGGCUCGAACAUCAACCUCAUCCAUCUCUACCCCUGCUUCAACUACAAUCGCAAUGAACAGUACUGGUGGUCCGACUACUACCGCUUCUCCGAAACCUAUCGGAAAUAUUACGACGACCGGUUCUAG